AUGGCCGGUGGUGCAGUUGUCGCUGGAGGCAGUGGUGGUAACCCCCUCCGAAACGGUUUCAUCAAACGAGAGUAUCUCCUCGCUUUCUCCCUUGUUACUUCCCUCUUCUUCUUGUGGGGUUUCGCCUACGGUCUUCUUGAUGUGCUCAACAAGCAUUUCCAAAAUGUCUUGGGUAUCACCAAGCUUCAAUCUACUGGUCUUCAAGUCGCUUACUUUGGUAUUGGUUACUUUGCUUACUCCCCUGUCGCCGGUGAAGUUUUGAAGAGACGUGGUUACAAAUUUACCAUCAUCAUGGGUCUUUCUCUCUACUCUUUGGGAUCCAUUCUUUUCUGGCCAGUCGCCAAAUACUCUGUUAACACCACGAAGCCUCAUGCUAUCUUUGGUGGUUUCGUCAUUUGUACCGCUGUUAUCGCUUGCGGUCUUGCGACUCUCGAAGUUGCUGCCAACUCUUACGUGUCAGUCAUGCCCCCUCACAACGUUGCCAACUUCCGAUUACAAUUCUCUCAAUCAUUCAACGGCGUCGCCUCAUUUACCGGACCUCUUAUCGCGUCCAAGUACUUCUUCUCAGAAGAGAAUAAGAACGACCUCACCAAUGUCCAAUGGGUAUAUCUCGCUGUUUCCGGUAUGGGUGUAGCUGUCGCAAUCGCUUUCUUCUUUACCAAACUUCCAGAAGUAUCUGAAGAAGCUCUUCAAGCUGAGGCUGAAGCUCUUGCCGAAGCCCACGGUGCCGAUACUCAAGCCUCUUUACCAUUCUACAAACAAUACCGAGCCAUCUCUGGGUUUGUAGCUCAAUUCCUCUACGUUGGUGCUCAGGUCACCAUCGGUUCUUUCUUCCUCUUCUACACCGCCGAGAAUGCCCAAAUUGCCGAUGCUCGAGGAUCCCAACUACUCUCAUACGCCUUGAUCAUCUUCACCGUCGGUCGAUUCGUUGGAACUGCCCUUCUCGCCGUUGUCUCCGCUCCUGUUCUCCUUGCCAUCUACUCCUGCAUGUGUGUCUUAUUAUCCAUCUUGAUCGGAUCACUUCACGGAAUGAGCGGUGUCAUCUGCUUGAUGUUGAUCAUGUUCUUCGAAUCCAUCAUGUACCCCUGUAUCUUCGUCUUGGGUACCUCAGGUCUUGGUCGACACACUCGAAGAGCCGCUGCCUUGCUUGUCAUGGGUGUCAGUGGUGGUGCCGUUUUCCCUCCUAUUCAAGGUGCUCUUGCCGAUAAAUUCACGACUCGAACCUCAUACUACCUCGUCGUUCCCUGUUUCGUAUACAUUGCUGGCUGGGCUGUCUACAUCUGGAACCAAGAUGGCCGACGAUUCACUGUACCCUCCACCAGCGAUGUUGAACGAGAAGUCAUGGCUGCUUCAGGUGGUGUUAUUCCCCCAGCUGUGGUUGGCGGUCUUGGUUACGCACCCAAAACAGAGGACGAGAGAUACGAGAACACAGAAAAGGAUCAAUAUGACCAAGUUGAAAAGGUCUAA